UCAUAAAAGCUGCACAAUUGUGCUCUGCCUCACAGAGGAGAUACAAGUGGAUGUGGAGGAGAAGCAGAUCUCAGAGGGAAAAGUGUCAUGUCCUCAGCAUGAGUGGAGUGGACCAGACUGGACUUUAGGACACACACAGGACGUCCACUGUCACACGCUGGCAUGCUGAAACGCACCAAAUACAGUCGUCUGCGCAACGAUUCUCUCACAUCUCUGGAGGAGCAGCCUCAGAAGAUGCCGCCCCAGAAGAUGGAACUGGACUUUGACUCGGAUUUGACGCCUUCACACCACGGCCCAUCCACGCUGAGGGACUUCAUACCCCGUGUGGCCAACAUCCGACUCCAAAGUCCCGUCUCUCUGCGUGGCCUGACGGGACACAGAAACACAGCUGGGGCCAGAACCAAGGGUGGACACACGGACACAUGCUUUGCAGGGACAGAGUGGGGGUCAGGACAUCAUCAGAGGAUUUGUAGCCAGCCUUGCCUUCAUGUGCCACUGUGUGCAGGUCAGAGCCUCACUCAUGUGGCUCUGUGCUGCACAAAAAGACCCAUCACCCUGCAUCGCAUGACCAGCCUCCCCUGGACCCCUGGGUGUCCUCCCUGCUGCUCCCAGGACACGCGUGAUGAUGCAGGCGUGAGACAAGCAAACAGAGCAGUUCACCAUGACAUCAAGUACAUGGGCAGUGUGGAGGUGACCCAGUCCAUGAGGAACCUGGACUUUGAGACGAGGAUGCAAGUCACACGAGAGGCGAUCAGCAGGAUUUGUGAAAGGACUUCUGCCAAGACAGCAGCGCAAACUAAAAGGUCUGUGGACCAGGGAUCGUCUUCUGUCCUCGGUCAUGUCAACCUUCAGUUCUCCGGACGCAGGAUUGUGCUCACUGUCUCCACAGACAGCGUGACUGUGAUCGCUGCCUCGUCCUUACAGAAGAUUGCCCACCACCCAAUGCAGGCCAUUUCCUUUGCCUCAGGAGGAGAAACAGACAUGGCAGAUUACAUCGCUUAUGUUGCCAAGGACGUCACCAGUCACCGAGCGUGUCACAUCCUGGAGUGUCCCCAGGGUCGGGCCUGCGAGGUCAUCAACAGCAUAGGUCAAGCCUUUGACGCUCGUUUCCGACAACUUCUCCUUCACGCACCAACACUUCUCUCCACUAAUCCCAGGGCAGCAGCGAGACUCACUCACAGAUGGAGCACAGAGGAAACAUUAACAGACCAGAAGGCCAAACAUGAAGGUGAAGUCAGUGAGAGUUGCAGCUACUAUAAUGCCAUCCCAGGAAAGAUGCCACCUCCUGGUGGAAUGGAGGACCUGCGUACGACAAGGGAGGAGGACACACAUGCUGACACACAGGAGAUUUGUUUGCCUCGGCCUGUUUCUGUGUCACUGUAUGAGAACUGCUCCAUCACAGAAGAAACUACAGCUCCACCUGCAGACUCAGUGAUAUGUGAGGUCAGAGCGGGAGAGUGCACCCCUCUCUGUGAGUCACCAACCCAGGACCUAAUCCAGCGGGAAAGCUGGUUCCAUGGCCGGUUGGGAAGAAAGCAGGCAGAGUCACUCCUCACCUGCAGUGGGGAUUUCCUGGUCAGAGAGAGCAGCUCUGCCUCUGGUCAGUAUGUUCUCAGUGGUAUGGAGGGAGCCAACGUGCGCCACCUACUGCUGAUUGAUCCACACGGACAGGUGCGGACCCGGGAUCAGGUGUUCCUGAGUAUCGGUCACCUGGUGCGUUUCCACAUGGAGAACCGGACGCCCAUCAUUUCCGGAGGCAGCGAGCUGCGUCUGAAGCAGCCGAUCCUGCAGCAUCACUAACUGUCACAUAUACACUGUGCAUACUGUACAUCAGCCAAGACAAAAAAAACUAAAACUUUUUAACAUAUUUAUUUACUUUAUACACGCAAAGACAUCCCUUUUUUUUGGAUCAUAUUAUUAUUUGACCAUUAAAACCCAAAAGUUUGUACAUAUGCAGUAAAUUAUUGAGUUUGUCACGUUGUGUACACGGCGCCUUAGUGUCCUGUGAUGAGAGCAGACCUGCUGCUCUUUGUGCGGCUACAUUUUCUGGUGUUCACUGAGGAAAACGCCCUGAAUGUUGAAUGGCGGCUUGUACGUGUUUAAGUUGUCUUGUUCGUCUACAGUUUGUUCUUGAUGUUGGUUCCAUUAGGUUUGUCUGACCUUUGGAAGAAAAACUACUUUCUCUGUUACAGAAUUCUCUUGUGAGACAGAUUUUACGCACACGUCGUCCCAGAUAAGCUACUGAAUAUGCAAAUACUUUUUGCAGUUAAAUACAUCGUCACUUCUUUGACACAAUGAA